UAUAAUAAUAAAAAAUAUAAUUUUUACAAUAGUGAAAUUAACAUAAAACAAGGUCAGUUCAACCAUCUACACGGAGGUGUUUCAAUCAGUUGAUCGAUAAAAUAUAUUAUACUCUAUUAGUAUUGCAGUAUCUGAGAGUCAUGCAAUAAUAAAUAUAUAAUGGCCAACAGAGCUGUACCACAGAGGCCUAAUGGUCAAACACCAGGAAAAAUAUGUCAGUUCAAGUUAGUUCUUUUAGGUGAAUCAUCAGUUGGAAAAUCUAGUUUAGUGCUUAGAUUUGUAAAAGGCCAGUUUCAUGAAUAUCAAGAGAGUACCAUUGGUGCUGCUUUCCUUACCCAAACAAUUCAUUUAAAUGAUGUAGCUGUUAAAUUUGAAAUUUGGGAUACAGCUGGUCAAGAACGUUACCAUAGUUUAGCACCAAUGUAUUAUAGAGGGGCUCAAGCAGCUAUUGUAGUUUAUGAUAUUACUAAUCAAGAUACCUUUGAAAGAGCUAAAAAUUGGGUGAAAGAACUUCAAAGACAAGCAACACCUGGCAUUGUAAUAGCCUUAGCUGGAAACAAGUUAGAUUUAAAUACUAUGAGAAGUGUUCAGACUGAUGAAUCACAAACGUAUGCCUAUGAAAAUGGACUGCUGUUUAUGGAAACAUCAGCAAAAACAAGUGCUAAUGUGACAGAAAUUUUUAAAGCAAUUGCUGAAAAACUUCCUAAGAACGAAACAACUAAUACAGCAGGGCAAGGCCGACGUCUAGUUGAAUCUGAAGGAGCUAAUAAGAGCCUUAGCAGCUGUUGUAAGUGAUACAGUAAAUCAAGUCAGUUUUCAUAUGGAUUAUUGACAUUUAAUCAUCUAAUAAACUUUAUAGCUUUGUAAAAUUAUUAAGCGUCAGAAUUAUAUUUAUCAAUUUGCAUUUAAUAUAUGUAUCAAUAUAUUAUCUAAUAAUAUAUA